CAGAUAACAGCUGUCUGUGUGCUCUGUGCUGCACUCGGAAGUGACUGUCACUGACUUUCAUGAGCAUCUAGAUUUUAUGUUCUGCAGACACCGCAUAGAAGCUCUGAUUAUUUUUCUUAUAUUUGUAUUCUGGUCACUUAAAUUAUGAGGGGGCAUUUGGCAUUUGGAAUCCGACUGUUGUUGGUACAGAAGAGCCCUCAAUGCCGACUAAGCUCCACUUUUGCAAAGUUACAGUUUGUCCCAGCAUGCCAGCCUGUAGAUCCCCAUCAUCUGGAGAAGCUUCAGGAUUUUGUAUCUAGCUCCCAGCGCCUUUUUGUUAUAACAGGGGCAGGAAUCUCUACAGAAUCAGGGAUCCCAGACUACCGCUCUGAAGGAGUAGGACUGUACUUUAGAACUGACCGGAGGCCUAUCCAGCAUGCCGUGUUUGUGAAGAGUAAAUCUGCCCGACAACGCUACUGGGCUCGUAAUUUUGUAGGGUGGCCACAAUUCUCAUCCUAUCAACCGAACAUUGCACAUAUGGCUCUGUGUAAUUGGGAGAGAGCAGGGCGCUUACACUGGUUGGUGACACAGAAUGUCGAUGCUUUGCACACAAAGGUUGGACAGCUCCGUCUAUCGGAAUUACAUGGUUGUACUCACAGGGUGAUAUGCUUGGGCUGCCAGACAGUGAUUAACAGAUCAGAGCUUCAGCAGAAGUUUGGGGAUUUAAAUCCCAACUGGAGCGAGAGAGCACAUGGCUUGGCCCCAGAUGGUGACGUUUUCCUGACAGAUACGCAGGUGGCCAAUUUCCGUGUCCCUGACUGUGAAAAGUGUGGGGGCAUCCUAAAGCCUCAGGUGACAUUUUUUGGUGAUACAGUAAGCCGAGACUUUGUGUUUUCCAUAUAUGAACGCCUGGAUCAGGCUGACGCCAUGCUUAUUGUGGGGUCCUCAAUGCAGGUAUACUCUGGAUAUCGAUUUGCACUUAGAGCACAGGAGCAGCAUCUUCCCAUUGCUGUAGUCAACAUCGGACCCACACGAGCAGACCAUAUGGCAGCGGUGAAAGUCAGCUCCCGCUGUGGGGACGUCCUGCCUCACUUAUUUUCGCUAGAUCAGUGUAUACAGAAUAGUCAUUAUUGCUCAGAUCUGUAGGCCAUAAGGACACAUACUGUAAGUCUGUGCUCAAGUGAUGGUGCAAAUGUGUCAAAAGCUGUCUUUGGCAGCCAGUGGGUUACUUUGGUUCUUUCAGUCUUCUGUGGAUCCGAGGAGCAUAGUAUAAUUUAGUAGAUCACUUUUAUGUUAUUUGUAGAGAUCCUCUACACUGACUUUACAAAUGUUACUUCACACCUGGAAAUAAUAAAUUGUAGUCCUCAUAUGGGAAUAGCAAAGUGCCACCUUCAUCUGAAAAUGUGUUAAAGCUGAAUGAAAACGUGAAUGAAGAAUCACAUGAAAUCUGCAAUUUGUCAGAAGUUUAAAAAAACCCCCACAAAUAUAUAACUGCUUCAAGAAGGCUACUUGCUGUUAAGCUCUGUAUUUUAUGUAGAAAAUAUGUAUGAUAUUAAUAAUAAGAAUAAUAAAUAUAUCUAACGAA